CGUGCUGAUUGGCCAUAUUUCAAGCUGCUGCGCAUCCUACAGACCGGCCAGGGUCGAUGCGAAUGCGUCUGUCUCGCAUGUCUGCUUGGUGUCUCCUAUGUUCGACUUGUCGAUUUGAGCCAUGUAUCCCGAGGCGAAUAUGGAACCGCCCUUGCGUCGCACUCUCCUCGCAGACGUUCGAGAUAUUCUCGAGCAGAACCCGAACGAACAGGGAUUCAGACCCCUUUUCCAAAGCUUGUUCCAACUUAUAAAAGAAGGAAAAGACAAUGAUAUCUUCCAUCCGAUUUCCUGGAGAUUAUUCCUCAAUGUCGUCAAGACCAGUAUUGCGAAUCUGUUCGAAGGUUAUCGUGCAUCACGCACUAAUAAUCAGCUCAGGGACCUAGCCGUUUCGGAUGAAGUCAGACGGCAUCUCGCCGACCUGGCUCGCUACUUGGAUCAGGUCAAGAUCAUAUGGAACUUGCUUAUCGUCCAGGAAGAUAUGCUACCGUUAUACUUCUCCUACAACCGAGUUCAUGAUUUUUAUCGCGGACUCUGCGCUGAGUUUUGCAAUCUCCUCCGACGAGUGGAGAGGAGAUUGAAACUUGAAAACACUGUCGUACCAGAUUACGAAGCCGAGCUCAAUCCGAUCGUUGAGGUGGAGAAGAAAGUUGAUGAAGCAAUACUCGCAAGACUCGGUAAAGCACUUGAAGUUGACAACGUCAAAGGAGUAGUUCCGGAACGAGUGAUGAACGAAGUCACCAGGCUCAUCCGCUUGGUCACUGUCUUGGAGCAAUGUUCCAAGGUCCCGCCUCAAGGCCACCAUGUGCCUCCCAUCGUCAGCAUCGCCGUGAAACUCCUGGCCUGGCUUGAACACAACGCAUCAAAUCGGGCCUAUCGCAUCGCAAUAGCGGAGGAGCCUUGGAGGCUCGACGGAUGGGCACUCGACAGUAUUUGCCAAGACCAUCCAUCUCCUGUUGAUGGGUCGAUCGUCGUCAGAUAUCAAGGUGUGAAAGCCAUUCUCAAGUUUUACGAGAUCAAGUCUCCUAAAUCGGUAUCUGAAGUCACUAAAUUCCAGUUGAAUGUCAGAAGCAUGUCCACCUUCACUCACAAAAACCUCCUCCAAUGCCUUGGUGGUUGUGACUCGACACAACCGUGUUGGUUCAUGGUCCCAAUGUUCAAGACAACGCUUCGCCAGUACAUCGUCGAUCAAGGAAUUGCUCUUUCGCUUGAUGCCAAGCUAUUACUUGCUAUCGGUAUCGCUUCUGGAGUUGAAGCUAUGCAUCAGUUGGAUGUUUCCCACCUCUCGCUCAACAUCGAUACAGUCGUGAUGGACGACUAUAAUCAGCCUCUGGUGUCAUUGAUCCCCUUCAACCCCUCGACUCAAAAUGCCAACCAGUACCAAGCACCGGAGAGGCUCAGAGGAAAAGUCGGUACUUCCAAGCCAUCUAAUAUCUUUUCACUUUCGGUCAUCCUCAUCGAAAUCUUCUUUGGUGGGGGAAAUCCGAUUUGGUUCGGAGCCGAUCCAAAGGUCCCAUUGGAUGAAGAUGAAAUCAAAAGCCGAAUUUUGAAAGGCGAAUGUCCAACCAUCGUAUCGGAGGAUGGCAAAAAAACGGAUUUAUUCGAAAUCUUUCGAAAAUGCCAAUGCAUGGAACCAAGGUCGCGGAUCACCGCAUCUGAAGUCGUUACUCGUUUAGAUGCGGUCCUUGCAGCGCUCCCCAUACCUCCAACACCUCGGAUUAUCACUGGCGAACGGCAACCAUCGACUCAGCCACAGGCCACACAGCGCAUGCGGCCCACCAGUACACCGGCAUAUCCAACACCCGACCCCAGUCUCAUGACGAUGCUCGAGAGUGCUGACAUCGAUCAGUAUUUGGAAGCUGCCCAGGAUAUCCUGAAACUUCAUGAAUAUUCAAUUCAUGAAGAGGUCUGGAAGGUGUCUGCUGAUAUUUACGAACAUCACUCGAACGGGCAAAAGAAGCAGACAACGCGCGAGCUCGUUGAGCUCAUGAUCCAUUACGGCUGGAUCCUCUUUCUCGGCCUCGGGCGUCCCAAAGAUCAAGAAGCUGCAUUCGCCAUCUGGGCAAAGGCAUGGAAUCGAACCAACCCCUCCAAAGGCCCCGGUCCUGGUCCCAGUCGAGACGAGUUGUCAGAUUUAUUCAAGGUCGCUACGUAUUUGAGAAUGAUCUAUUUCUCGACCAAAGGCAAGACACAUGAUGUGGAUUGGCCAACGUAUUUCAAGAUCGAGUCCCAAUUCCAUGGCUUCAAUGGAGAAGAACACCCGACAUACAGUCGUCAUCUCAAGUGGUGUGCACUUGGUACUCAGAACGAAGCCCUCUGUACAUACAUGCUUGCUCGAUGUUACUUGGAAGGCAUCGGUGUUGAAAGGAAUCUUGCCAAGGCGCAUGAGCUGUUCCAAGCUACCCUGACUUCCGCCGGAUCUCUGUCGAGCUACUGCCUGGGAAAUCUUGAAUAUGAAGGUCAUUUUGGAAAACCUAAUUUGAAGGCUGCUCUGACGUACUUCAAGAUGUUUGACGACCCCACCAACCCAAACUGCGCUUUUAUGACUGCAAAAUGCUAUCAAGAACUUGGGACGGGUCGUCCGGAUCUCAUCACAAUGCUCUACAAGGAAGCGGCUCGUUUGGGACACCCGCAGGCGAAGGAAAUGUACCCUGAAAGGCAAAAGCGUCGUGGAAACACCAAAACGCGCUUGAUGCACAAGAAACGGCGUUCUGAUCUCGAGGAAAGUCUCUAACCCUGAAAAUACACUUGAUAUUCUACGGCCA